AUGCUCUCGACAGUCCCGACUACUAUGGGGUCGCUUGGAUCGCUGCUCUUCCCAUCGAGCGGGCCGCUGCAAAAGCGAUGCUCGACGAGGAACAUGCGCCUCCAACUGGCUUCGUUAGACACCAAACCGAUGCAAACGUUUAUACAUGGGGUCGGGUGGGUGAGCACAACAUCGUCAUCGCCUCUCUUGCCGCCGGAGUCUAUGGAACUACCUCGGCUGCGACCACGGCCUCGAGACCUGCUCGCCUCUCUGCCAUCCAUCCGUGUUGGUCUUUUGGUCGGCAUAGGCGGCGGCAUCGCCCGACCGGACGAAGAUUACGAUAUACGGCUCGGCGACGUUGUCGUGAGCCAGCCCGACGGGACCACAGGCGGCGUCUGCCAGUACGACUUGAUCAAGGCCAAGUCUGGUGACAGGCGUGAGCGCAAAGGCUUUCUCAGACCACCUCCGACCGUCCUCCUUAAUGCGCUUGCCAGCAUCCAGGCCGAUCACGAGUCGACGGACUCCAAGGUUCCCAACUUCCUUCAACAGAUGCUAAAGAAGAACCCGAAAAUGAAUAGAAGAUCCAAGCAAAGUCCUGGCUAUAUUCACCAGGGCACCGACAACGACCGGCUCUUCCAACCUUCAUGCGACCACGUCCCCGGGCCGGACUGUCGGGGCUGUAACACGGCUGACGAGGUUAAACGCGAUGCUCGAGACACCACCGACCCCGAGAUCCACUACGGGACUAUCGCAUCCGGCAACUCGCUUGUCAAAGACGCCGCCACGCGUGAUUGGAUUGUUGCCGACGUCGGCAAACUCGAUAGUGUGCAGCAGACCACAGCUGCAGCGAAACUGGCCACUGAUUCCAUCCAGGCCGACCUUCGUACCGAGAAGAUCGAGCGCUGGCUUCGACCCUCUGAUCCGUCUACAAACGCCAACCACGCGAGGGAGCUCCGCCAUGAGGGGACAGGUGCGUGGCUCUUGGAAAGUCCGGUCUUCCAAGAGUGGCACUCGGGGUCGCGUCGAUAUUUAUGGCUGCAUGGGCUCGCGGGAUGUGGAAAGACGGUUCUCAGUGCGACUGUGCUGGAUCAUCUCGCAAAGGGAAACGACCGUCGUAUCCUCAGCUUCUUCUUUGACUUUAGCGACACGGCAAAGCAGACCGUGGAUGCCAUGCUGCGGUCACUUGCUUUCCAACUCUACCGAGGCAGGGCUGGUUCUGCAGGUGUUCUUGACGCCUCAUUCCAAGCACACCAGGAUGGCCGUGACCAACUUGCAACGAAGACGCUCUCAGAUGUUCUAUUCAAGAUGCUCGCAGUCCAGAAGAAAGUCUCUAUCGUUCUGGAUGCCUUAGACGAGUCGAGAACGAGGGCCGACCUACUCCUCUGGAUUAAGGACGUAGUGUCCAGGCCAGAGCUGGGCCACGUCCAGCUGAUCUGUACCGGUCGGCCUGAAGCCGAGUUCCUGCGCGACAUCCCCUCGUUGAUAGGCGAGGGAAACAGCUUAGAACUCAACAAGCAGGCUGUCAACGCCGACAUCCGAUCAUACGUCGCAGCACAGCUUUCGCAACGACGCGAAUUUCGGGACAAGCCCUUGUCGCAGGAUCUCCUCGAGCUGAUCCAGAGUAAGGUUGGAGACGGGGCCGGCGGGAUCUUAGUGACAGUCGUUCACGCCGCCGGCAAGGAGCUACAUCUUGUCCACUUUUCUGUCAAAGAGUACCUUCUCAGAGACGAGCGGUUCAACAUUACGAUUGCUAGCAUUCCCAUUGCGAGGACGUGCUUGACUUAUCUUACGGACAUAAACGGUAACCACGAAGAGAUUAAGCGGGAUUUUCCAAUGGCAAGAUUUGCGGCGGAAGUCUGGACAUACUAUGCCACGUUCGCUCAGGCUUCGGAAAAUAUGGUUCAAACAACUGUUAGGUUCCUAGAAGAGGAAGUGACGUUUCAGCGGUGGGCUCGUUUGUAUCAGUCUGAUAGGGCCUGGGACGAUGACCCAGGUCCUCCACUAGGUUCCAGGCUCUAUUAUGCUUGCUUCGCUGGGCUCGUGACACCUGCACAAAUUCUUAUCAGCAAAGGAGCGGACGUCAACGGGCAGGGCGGCUUCUACGGCAACGCUCUCCAAGCCGCCUCAUCGAGAGGCGAGCAAGAGAUUGCCAAACUGCUCUUGGACAAGGGAGCAAACGUCAACGCGCACGGCGGCUUCUACGGCAACGCUCUCCAAGCUGCCUCAUCGGAAGGCCAUCAAGAGAUUGUCAAACUGUUUGAAAAAAGGGGCGUUGACCCAAGCCAGGACGACAACAAUGCUGCCCAGCGUGGUCGCCAUUUCUAUACCAUGCUGCAGGAUCUCCGAGAUUCCCCUUUCCGCGGCAUGGGACUGCCCAGUCGGGAGGAGAUUGACGCGGUAUUGAAGGUCCAGAAGAAAGAGGACAGCAGCGUGGCGGCGAAGAUCCAAGGCAAGCAAACGAAUCCGUCUUCUGCGCAUUCUGGCGAGCCCCACGGGAGCCCACCGUGGGCCGUUCGCGGAGGCGAAGGAUCAGCAGAUGGGGCCGGUCCGGGCGGACAGAUGCGGCUGGAACUCGGCCGUUAUGCAACACACGUCGAUGCGGCCUUGGGCCUCACAAGGCACUGGACUCUGAACAAGCUCCAGUCGAUGGCAGUCUUACUACCAGCGGCGUCCCUCGACGAGCGCGGCACGCGGCUGCAAGAAGAGGGGGGUCGGCAGCACUUCCAGUACGUCGGCGGUGAAGGCGGCACACGCAAGUCCGUUGUCAUCCACGCCAUCAAGGACAUGUUCCGGCUGAAAAGUGGCCUCCACACGCUGCUCCUAACGAGCGCCAGCGGCAACGCGGCGGCGCUGAUCGGCGGGGUGACGCUGCACUCGGCGACGAACAUUGGAUUCGAGGGCAAGAACGAGGUGGCAAGGAACGUUUCGGAAGAAGAGAAGCUGCGUUGGAAAAAUAUGGUCAUGUUGAUCGUCGACGAGAUCAGCCGGGUGGGCGGACUCACGCUCGCGGCGCUAGGCAGCCGUCUGCGGCAGUACAGGGAUGAUCAGCAUCGACCGUUUGGCGGGAUGAUCGGGAUCCCAAUGGUCAUGUUCUCUGGUGACCUCUUCCAGUUCGACCCCGCCCUGCAGACCAGCCUCCUCUUGCCAACACCUAGGGACCGCGGCGGACAGAGACCAGAGAGCACUGCAAGGCACCUAGCUGCGCAUAAGCUGUUCCUCCAGUUCACGGCCGUCGUCAUCCUCCGCGAGCAGGUCCGCGCGGCCGGCUGUCCAAGGCUGCGGGGCUUCCUCCGGCGCCUGCGCAAUGGCGAGCAGACCGAGCUGGACUUUCAGCGGCUAUGCCACCGCCUCUAUACACCGUCGUGCAAGUCCUCCUUCGUAGAUGGCCUCAGAGCCAUCACGCCCCUGAACCAAGACCGGUGGGACCUCAACAUGGCAGCCGUCGUCCAGUGGGCUCGUGCCCACGGCAAGCACAUCUCAGUCUUUGCGGCCAAGCAUGACACUGAGUCGGGGAAACGAUUGAGUACGCAAGAGCUAUGCCACGUGCUCCGCCACGGAGACGACUCGCAACUGCCGACCCUAAUUAGGUACUAA